UAAGUUAAGUCAUUUAACGUUUUGCUUAAUUAUUCGCGUCGGAGUGUGUUUGGGGUCUAUUCAGUACAGUUCUUACUGUACGUUUAAUUUACAGAGAUGAAUGAAAGGAAGUUAUUUAAUUUGUAGCGCUAGUGAACAACUGGGAGUAAAUAUGUCGCCUUCUAACAGCUAACAUUAAGUUAACAUUAAGUUGGCUCACGUUGAAAAUAAAUAAACUUCCGUAAAUUAUCCCAAAUAUGACAAUAUGUCACAGAAACAGCCCAAUUUAUACUGGACGGCGUGAAGUUAACGUUACUCACCCUGUUUUCCAUUCCUACGCGGAUACAACAUUAGUUAAAACCUGCUAACAUCCGAUUCCCCCCCCCCCCCGGUAUCAGUGAAUGAAGCGUCCCGUUCACGGCGCGCUCUGAAGCGCGUGCACCCUCUAGCGACUAUCGGGACACUCAUGGUGCAAAACUCAGAGCCGAACCUUUCGUCAAGGUGUUGGUUAACAUUUUAUGGUUCACGUGAAUGCAUCUGGCAACAGAGUGUUUUGGCUCGAAUGAGCGUGCGCGUUUUCUUUCGUCGGCUGUUUGCUCCGCUCAGUGAGGCACAGGAGCAGUUCUGCAAAAGGCCCUUUAUUGAUCUCAGUCAAGCUGGGGCUUGUGGGAUAAUCUCGGCUGCACAUGAGCUCACUUCCCUGAAUGCACGAUAAAAAUAAAUUAAAAAAAAGCUUCUGUUGACACAUCAUCUCUUUUCUAAGCUGACUCCGUGGUUUCAGUUCUGCAGUCUCAUCCUUCGGGUUGAUUGCUGCAGAGAUCAUCAUUAUCGUCAUCGUCAUUGUUGGAGAAGUGAAACAUGGCGUGUGCUGUGUGAACUGAGCGCUGAGGUUGUUGUUCCCGCAGGCCAGUGUUGACUAAAAUGAUGUCCGUUCAAACUGCCUGUGCCUUGCUAAGCCUUGCGCCCCUGUUGGUGCUUGGUGAUCCUCCCAUUUGGACCCAGCCGGAGCAAGUGCACCUCUCUUAUCCAGGAGCGCCGGGUUCUAUGGUGGUGACCUGGACCACCUUCAAUGAGACAAAGAGCGAGGUGGAGUACGGUCUUCUGGGGGGUCGGCUCUUUGAGAUGAGCACCGCGGGUGACGCUACUCUGUUUGUGGACUCGGGCGAGGAAAAGAGGAAGAUGUACAUCCACAGGGUCACUCUCACAGACCUCAAACCCGCUGCUACCUACGUCUACCACUGUGGAAGUGACGCCGGCUGGAGCGAGGUGUUCUCCUUCACCGCUCUGAAUGAGAGCAGCCGCUUCAGCCCCAGAUUCGCUCUGUACGGGGACCUGGGCAACGAGAACCCUCAGUCUCUGGCCCGACUGCAGAAGGAGACUCAGCUCGGCAUGUAUGAUGCCAUCCUGCACAUAGGUGACUUUGCCUACGACAUGCAUGAGGACAACGCCAGGAUCGGAGACGAGUUCAUGAGGCAGAUUCAGUCCAUCGCAGCCUACGUGCCCUACAUGACCUGUCCAGGCAACCACGAGUCGGCAUACAACUUCUCCAACUACAGGAAUCGCUUCAGCAUGCCAGGCCGGACGGAGAGCCUGUGGUACAGCUGGAACCUGGGGUCAGCGCACAUCAUCUCCGUCUCCACUGAGGUCUAUUUCUAUCUCCAAUUCGGCCUGGAUCUGAUCUUCAAGCAGCACGAGUGGCUGAGGAAAGACCUGCAGGAGGCCAACAAGCCGGAGAACCGAGCCCUGCGUCCGUGGAUCAUCACCAUGGGACACAGGCCCAUGUACUGCUCCGACGACGACCAGGACGACUGCACUACGUUUGACUCCCAUGUCCGACUGGGACGGAAUGACACAGAACCGCCAGCUCCAGGUCUGGAGGAUCUAUUCUACCGCUACGGAGUGGAUGUGGAGUUGUGGGCGCACGAGCACACGUACGAGCGGCUCUGGCCCGUCUACCGCGACCAGGUGUACAAAGGAAGCAAAGAGCGGCCUUACGUGAACCCAAAAGCUCCAGUACACAUCAUCACAGGCUCCGCUGGCUGCAGGGAGAAGAACGACAAGUUCAACCCAAACCCCAGAGAGUGGAGCGCCUUCCGCAGCACGGACUACGGCUACACCCGCAUGCAGGUGGUCAACGCCACCCACCUGUACCUGGAGCAGGUCUCCGAUGACCAGGACGGGAAGGUGAUUGACAGCAUCUGGGUGGAGAAGGAACAGCAUGGCGCCUCUGCGUGGAAAUGAAGACGGCCGCGGAUCAUUUAAAUUUCAGGCGCGCGCAUCCGUUUCGCCGCGUCGCACCAAUCAUGCGCUCGAGGUGGAGGUUUUCAUCCUUAUUCAUUCAGCUUUUCAAAUUAAGAGGCAGUGAAUCCUGUCAUUUCAGAUAUUUUACACACAUGGCCUACUGUGAAUUAACACAAUGAAACAUGGGUUAAUAAUGGGUUCAUCAUUUUUUUUAAUGGAUCGCCUGAUUUCGUUUUUUCUUCCUCCAAAACCAUCAUCAAUGUCGUCCUACUGCAGUCUUUAGUUCAACUCUCGCCAUCGUCAGGUAGAUGUACUGUAGGUCUCGUCUUGGAUUCUAUAAGGUUCUUUGGAGAAAAGGCCCCCUGCACCACUUCCUCACCUUCGACCCGCUCAUGCUACGUACGUCUCCCACUGAGGGACAGACGCGCUAAGUGCAGACUGGGGGGGGGGGGGGGGGGGGGAAGAGUACGUGCUGCCAGACUGUAGCCCAAUCGUUGUAAUUAUUCACAAUUGUUAGCUACCACAUUUAUAGUCUAGUAAAAGAUGGUUAUUUUCCAGUCAGUCAUGCAUGUCCAGCGCAUUGUGUGGAAUGGACGGCUGGAAAGUUCUUGCCUUAAAAUAACAAGCCCGUUGCACCACGUUCCUCAUCGCUGAGUUUGAUUUCUUAAAUAAAAAAAAUAAAAAACAGAUGAAAAAAAAAAAA